AGCCGCAGGCGAGCUGUUCUUCUCUCAAAGGAAACGAUGCUUUCAACGCUCGCGGGCGAUUGACAGCUUUCCAAUCUUCGAACUCCCAGCAUGGUCCCUCGUCGCCGCUUUAGCCGCCGGUUCGCUGCCUUAGCGGCCAUCCUCGCCCUCCUCUUCCUAUACCACAUCUUCUCGCUCCACUCCGACCUCCAACCCCGACGUCAAUCACCCGCCCCGAACAGCGCUGGCCGCGCCGACCCCGAUAUUACCGGCGAACCCGCUCCGGUGUGUCCCCCGCUUCCGGGCAUCGAGGAUGUCCUGGUCGUCAUGAAGACGGGCGUGACCGAGGCCAAGGAUAAGGUCCCGGUCCACUUCCAGAGCACGUUGCGCUGUAUCCCGCACUAUGUCAUCUACUCCGAUUUUGAGGAGGAGAUUGACGGCGUCAAGAUCCAUGACGUGCUGCGCAGUAUGGAUCCGGAGGUUACGCAGCAGAUCCCCGACUUUGACAUCUACAAUCGCAUCAAGCAGUUCGGGCGCAAGGGUUUGGAGCAGGACGAUUUCGCAGACGAGGCCAAUUCCGCAAUUGGCAAACCAAACAAUCCAGGCUGGAAACUGGAUAAAUGGAAGUUCUUGCCGAUGGCGCAAGAGGCAUUGCGCUACAAGCCCAAGGCCAAGUGGUUCGUCUUCAUGGAGGCAGACACUUACGUCUCGUGGCCGACUCUCCUAGCCUGGCUCGGUCACUUUGAUCACAAGCAAUCGUGGUAUCUGGGCACGGAGACCCAAAUCGCAGACGUCAUCUUCGCCCACGGCGGCUCGGGCUUCAUGCUCUCGAAUCCAGCCCUGAAACUCGCUUCGAACGAAUACGCCGCUCGUCGCACCGAGCUUCACCACUAUACAAACGAGCACUGGGCCGGCGACUGUGUCCUAGGCAAGGUUCUUGCUGACGCCGGCGUCAACUUGCACUUCUCCUGGCCGAUCUUACAAAACUCCAACUUGGGCGAACUAGACGAAUUCACGACAGAACUAUACCGACACCCAUGGUGCUUCUUAGCAGUGGCAUUCCACCAUCUCAACGCACGCCAGAUCCAAGACCUCUGGAACUUUGAACAAAAGCGCUGGCACGAUAAAAAUAAGCGCAUCCUCCUCCACAGCGACGUCUUCCGCGAAUACCUCUUCCCCGAAAUCGCCGCACACCCUACAAAACCCGAUUGGGACAACCUAGCCGCCGAUGCACAACCGUUCGCAUCCUCCUACGACGACUGCCGCGACGUCUGCGAACUGCAGAAAGAAUGUGUACAAUUCUCCUUCCGCGAUAAUACCUGCUUCACCAGCUCGAAUCCACGAUUGGGUUCGGCGAAUCCCGCCGCCUCGUCUGGUUGGUUGAUGAGCCGGAUUCAUGAGAAGAUGGAAGCAAGUGGAAUAUGCAAGGCACCCGAGUUUGGGGAAUAGACACCAUCACAAGUACUUGUGAAAUAUGGUAUUUUUUUGCGUUUGGGUUUGUUGGUUUCUGUAUCACAGCCUUGUUAUGAAGUCUUUUUAUGAUUGGUGCAUUUGCAGUGGGUUGGUCUUGGUAGGGGCGUAUAUCUAUAUGCAUGGCGUCAGCACCGGGGUUUCUUUUCAUUCUCGUGCUGUCUUUUCUAUAUUUUAUUACUUUUCCUUGGUGUCUUUUUUGUUCGGCCGAGGGAUGUUUCGGUGAGCGCCAUCUCGAACCUUGCCCUUUGAAAUUCUUGAUGACUUGAGCAAGUUGUGAUAACUGGCUUGCCCUUGCAACUAUUUUCCUGUUCAAUUAUGUCGCCCAUGAAUGGAGGCGUUCAAAAUAGCUCCCAUCAAAGGCGAUGUAAAAGGCGCCUACAAUUGAAGGUCAAAAAUAUCGACUCAAAACAAAAUCAUAUAACGACUUGCGCCGGCCAAAUGAAGGAUAGCAGUAUGCACUAGGCGUGCACUAAUAAUAGACCACAGGAAGAAUAUGCCGUACGGCCUAAUCUGUACAAAUAGCACCCUGGCACAUCGGCUGACCCCUCACAACACUGGGCUAUUUGGAUCCUCCAGACACUGAUCAACUCGCAUGACAUUGAGCCCAAGACCCUUGACAUGCCGAAUAAAAUGCCGGAGGUAUCCAACUGUGAUAGGAUUGAGGUAGUGCAUCACAGCCAGAUUGCCACCUCGAGCAACAUCACGGUAGAAUGCAUCGAGUUGUCGCUCCGGCGUCGUGGUAUUCUCCCACAGCCAGUCUUCCACAUCAACGCUCCAAUUCACAAUAUAAGGGUCGUCGAUGUGCUGUGCCAGCUGUUGACGAAGACGAGCACCGACGGUACCGAAGGGCGGGCGGAAGUAUCGUGC